AACUUCACUGUGAUCAUCAAUGGAGAAAACUAUUUCCAAUCUUUCAUUUCUAGUUCCAAUAGUCUUUGGUCUCUUUUUCUUGGGACAUAAUGAUGUAGUGUCUGUGUCCGGUCAACUUGACAACAAGUUCUACGACAAUAAGUGUCCCAACCUCACGAGGAUCGUCCGAAAUGGUGUCUGGUCAGCUAUUUCAAACGACACGCGAAUGGCUGCCUCUCUUUUGCGCCUCCAUUUUCAUGAUUGUAUUGUCAAUGGUUGUGAUGGAUCUGUAUUGCUUGAUGACACAAACAACAUUAGAGGGGAGAAAAAUGCACUUGGGAAUAGGAACUCACUUAGAGGCUUUGAAGUUAUUGAUACUAUAAAGACUAACAUUGAGAAGGCUUGUCCAUCAAUCGUUUCUUGCUCGGAUAUACUCAAUCUCGCGGUUAGAGAGGCCGUUUAUUUGGCUGGAGGACCUUAUUGGAACGUACCCUUGGGUCGUAGAGAUGGUGUAACGUCAAGUGAGGCUUCUGCAAAUGCCGAGAUUCCUUCUCCUUUCGAACCCUUAGCUAAUAUCACUACAAAAUUCACAAAUAAAGGUCUAAACGUUAAAGAUGUGGUUGUACUAUCAGGUGGCCAUACGAUUGGUUUUGCCCAAUGUGUCACAUUCAAGCAGAGACUAUUCGACUUUGAUGGAUCUGGCAACCCUGACCCGACACUCGAUUUAUCUUUACUAAGCAACCUGCUAAGUAUAUGUCCAAAUCAAGCUUCAUCCGACACCAACUUGGCACCUCUAGAUCCGGUUUCUAUUUUCAAAUUUGAUAACAUUUAUUAUAAAAACCUAAUAAACAAUACCGGUCUCCUUAUGUCUGAUCAAGCCCUUAUGACGGACAACACCACAGCUUCUAUGGUUCAGAACUAUGCUAGGUACCCCUAUCUAUUCUUGAAGGAUUUCGCAACCUCGAUGGUUAAGUUAAGUGGUGUUGGAGUGCUAACGGGACAAGAUGGGCAGAUAAGAAAGAAUUGUAGGGUUGUAAAUUAAUUGAUCAAGUUUCCUAAUUCCCUUGUUGCUUAGUGAUCAUGAUCAAAUGCUUUUGAAAUUAAGCUAAUGAAAAAAAUAAGAAUCAUAGAUGUUUAGAUGUAAUGUAAUUAUAGUCUACACUAUGCAUAAUGCAUGGAUAUCAAGUAUCAUAAAAGAAAGGCCCACAAGUUAUAAAUUAUAUGUCUCU